AUGGAAGAGCAAGAGAGAGAGAUUUCCUACACGGAGCCCUCGGUUUCGGGCAGCGCGGUUAUGUUGGUGGUGAAUCCGAGUCGAGUGCGCCCCCCGCUGGGUGUGGUACUCGCCACGGUGCUGUACUGCGCGGAGCUGCUCAACGCCGCCGUGCUGUGCAGCAACUACCGCCGCACGGACGACGAGCACUGGCUGGGCUUCACCAUCGCCUUCAUGCUCCUGCCGGCCGUGCUCAUCCAGUUCACCCUCAUCUUCAUCCAUAGGGACGUGGACCGAGACCGGCCGCUGGUCCUUCUGCUGCACUUGCUUCUCCUGGGACCCGUCAUCAGGUGUUUUGACGCCCUGGUGGUUUACUUCCGAGCUGGCAGGAAGGAGGAGCCUUAUGUGACCAUCACCAGGAAGAUCUACUUGAAGAGGGGCGAGCAGACGCGCACCGAAUGCGAAGUCAGCCGCUCGGAGCGCAUCCUGGCCACGCACAGGAACGCCUUCAAGCGCACCAGUGUCAUCCAGGCCUUCCUGGGCUCCACGCCGCAGCUUACGCUCCAGCUCUACGCCACCAUCCAGGAAAAGUACAUCCUCCCCGUACGAUUGACUCUGAUGAUCAUCACACAAAUCUCCGUCAUAUACGGGGCCCUGGUAUGCAGCGUGCUAGCCAUCGAGAUCCGCUACGACGACUACAAAGUGCGCUUCCGGGUACCCGCUUACCUGUGCAUGAUCCUGUGGCGAGGGCUGGAGAUCUCCACGCGCAUCACCGCUCUGGUCCUCAUGAGCACGGCGCUCACCCACUGGGUUAUCCUGGUGGGCAUGGCCAACCUUCUCUUCUUCUUCUUCUUGCCCUGGGCUGAAUUCUGGGCCAAGAAGGGCUCCUUGGCCCAGGACGUGGAGAAGAACUUCUCCAAAUUGGGCACGGUGGUGGUGCUGUGCCUCUUCACGCUGCUCUACGCAUGCAUCAACGUUUUCUGCUGGUCGGCCGUGCAGCUGGACCUCGGCCACGCCGAGCUCAUCGACCGCAAGCAACGCUGGGACCGGCUGGCCAUGUACUACGGCGCGCGUUUCGCCGAGAACCUUCUGCUCAUCACGCUGUGGUACUUCUUCAAGUCGGACUUCUACGAGUACGUCUGCGCGCCGCUGCUGGCCGUCCAGCUGGUCAUCUGCUACAGCCUGGCCGUGCUCUUCAUGCUGAUCUUCUAUCAGUUCUUCCACCCGUGCCGAAGCCUCUUUCAUUACAACAUCCAUGACUGCUUGAGGUGCGUCUGCUGCCGGCCAGUGGCGGGACAGAACACCGGGCGGGCCGGGAAAAUGGCUCCUUCCUACUCCACCGCCGCCACCAUGGUGCUGAUGCCCGACGAACCCCUCGGACUGCUGUCGGAAGACCCGGACGGCAACGCGGAUCAGCAGGAGACGGCGAUCCUGGACGAUAUUACGGAAUAUCCCUGA